AUGCGUGAACUCAAGGGUGAAUCCAAAUCAAUGGUUGACUUUGUAAUUGACUUAUUGGAAAUUACCAUCUUCACUUGCUGUUUUGUUAGUGUCACACUUUUUUAUGUCAGAAUUUAUGGCACUGUACGACGCCUUGAAAUCCAAAUGCGAGCUCUGCACCUAGGGCAAGCUGGUCAGAAUCAAAAUGGCGAAAUGUACCUUUAUUUCUCGAGGCUGAAGAAAUCUGCUAUUAGCACAUUCUAUGUGUAUGUGGUAUUUAUGAUGUGUUACUUUCCAGACUAUUGUAAUGCCAUCCUGAAUGUGUUACGGAGUGAGCCAAACAUGUUUUUAGAAGGUUUGGAUUUGUUCACUUUUACUCUUGUGUUUGCAAAUUCUUCUGUUAAUCCUGUUAUAUACUGCUUAAGCAUGGAACACAUUCGACACACUAUAGUAGACAUACUUCGAAAUAUAUUUCGGAAUGUUUAUGGAAUUCAUUGCUGA